GGUUCCUAAAAAAGGUCCGAAUUAUUGUUUUCGUGACAUCUGCCAACAGUAAUACGGAACGUCGUCGGUCAGGGUCCGCCCCACACAAGCUUAAACGUUGAUGAGGUUGGCGGCGGAGGCACUUUUUAUUCCUUCCUUUUUCAAUAUGCCAUUUUUGGCCCUUUACUUUCUGAAGCCGACAGUAGGGUCACUGUGUGUGCAUCUUCAAGUUCUGGAGCCAAUUGGGUCACCAAGUUGUCUUUGACAGAGCUACAGGCAUUUCUCUAUCUGCCACCAUGUCGUUAUCCAGAACCGUCGCCUUGCGCUCGACAUUGCGAGCUGCCUCCAGACGGGCUACUCCUCGCCUCUUACUCUGGCCUGCAGCCCGAAGAAGCUACGCAAGCCAGCAUGAUGCUGCGAAAUCUAGCGAUAUGCCUUGGCUCAUUGGCGCAGUGGCCUUCACCGUUCCCUCAGCCGCCUAUCUCCUCUACAGCGGCCCAUCAAAGAGCGAUCACCACGACGACAAAUACACCGAGGAGAACCACGACGCCGAGGCGCCACCAGCAGACAACGAGUUUCCACAGGAGGAGAGCAACAAAAAGUCUGAUGAGGACAAGUUCCCCGUGGAACAGGAACCCAAACACGGCAACCCGGCUGCAACCCAUAAGCCAUCGCAGACUGGUGGAAAGAUUGCGCCCGCCUCAGCAGACAACUCUACGCUUGCCGAAAACUGGGACGACAAGGAGGGGCACGAGGAGUACAGGGAAACCACUGAGAAUAAGGACACAAAGGCCGCGACAAGCUCAUCUGACUUGUCCAGCAAAAAGGGCAGUAUGGAGCACCCCCAAGAGGAUCCUCGGUAGGGCGAGGGCGAAGGGGCCAGCAAGGGUGGACCUCGCGAUGAUUAGAAGACAACAUGCCGUAUCGAAAGGAUGCCUUCACAGAAUGGAUGGCGGUAAUCAUAGUUGAUAUGUACAGUUAUCAACCGACCCUAAUCAACCGGGGUGCUCAUAUCACGAUGAGCGGGUAUAUGAUAUGUAUUUGUGAACAUCAUGGGAUUCCAAAUGAUGCCCAUGACUAUUAUAAAUAAUAUUAAAUACGCCGUAGGUGUUAACCCUCGGUACCUCUACAAGUACUCCCUUAAGGGGCUAUAGAUGAUAUAGCGGG